UUGACUUUCUAAACGAUUAUGCUUUAAACAACUUUGUUCUUUUAUAUAUAAGGAAUAAAAACAUAUCAACACAAAAUAGAAGCAUUAUUCUAAGGAAAAAAUGGUGUCCCUAAGGGUGCAGAAGAGAUUAGCAGCCAGCAUUCUCAAGUGUGGAAAAGGCAAAAUCUGGGUGGAUCCCAAUGAAACCAUUCAUAUCUCCAUGGCAAAUUCUAGGAUGAGCACGAGGGAGCUCAUAAAAGAUGGAUAUAUCAUCAAAAAGCCCAUAAAACUCCAUUCUCGUUCUCGUGCUAGACAAGCCAUGGAAGAAAAGAGAAAGGGUAGGCACUCCGGAUAUGGAAAGAGAAGAGGAACAAGAGAAGCAAGGCUUCCGACGAAGAUACUAUGGAUGAGGAGAAUAAGAGUGCUCCGACGUUUGGUGCAUCGAUACCGAGAUUCCGAAAAAAUCGACAAGUACAUGUACCAUGACUUGUACGUGAAGGUGAAGGGAAACGUGUUCAAGAAUAAGCGCAUAUUAAUGGAAAACAUUCACAAGUUGAAGUCUAGUAGAAGUAGAGAGAAAACGUUACAAGAUCAACUCAAAACUAGAAUAAAACCACCCCAUAUAGAACGAUGACUAGAAAAUCGAUCUCUACAUAUAAUAAAUCUUAUAUUUUUUGUGUGUUUGUAUGUUAAAAGGUCAAUGUUCUCUCUCUCUCUCUCUCUCUCUCUCUCUCUCUCUCUCUCUGUGUGUGUUUGUUAAUAAAUUGAUAAUGACACGUAUAUAAUA